AAUGUAUUUCAAUUCCAUUAAUUUAUUGUGUUCAAAUGCCUCACCUCGUUUAGACAACGGCGGUGGUUACGUGCGCGUAGACCUUGAUGGAGUUUAAAAAAAUUAACAAAAUUGACUAACGCCAUUAUUUCCCCACGCUUCAUUAAACUAAUAAAAAUCAUUAUUUCUGGAAUUACAACUGUUUUGUAGUAUUCCCGCUAUGUAUGUUAUUUUACAUGUGAACUUGUCGGGUUACGUACGGAAUGUGCUCUAAAGGUCUGCGUCAAUUAGUUAAUUAAAUUUGUGGUGCCCAGCCAUGAGCCCUAGUAAAAAAUCGCCGCUCAGAAUCGAAUGGUUGGAAAGGAAAAGCAAUUCCGAACGUCAUUUGAUCCUAUUGACGGCCAUAGUAUGUGUGGUGGCCGUGGCUUUGGCUAUAGCGCUUGGGGUGGUUGUCUGCAAAAUGAAAAGCGAUGCAGAUGACGUAUGUUUAACACCGGGCUGCAUCGCGGCGGCAGCAACAGCGAUGUCCUACAUGGACACCACUCAAGACCCAUGCGACGACUUCUACGAGUUCGCCUGUGGACAUUUCAUCAAAGAAACUAUAAUACCGGCGGACAAGUUCUCCGUUAGCACAUUCUCGCAACUAAGCGAAGUGGUCAGAAGUCAAUUGCAAUUGAUCAUUACAUCGGAAGUUGAAGCAAAUGCCUCGAGACCGUUCAAACUGCUAAAGAAAUUCUACGAUAUAUGCAUGAACACCACUGCAAUAGAGCAAGACGGUCUGAAAACGAUCAAAAGAGCUUUGAAAGAUUUAGGAGGCUGGCCAGUGUUGGAAGGGCCACUUUGGAAUGAAGGUGCGUUUGAUUGGAAGCUGUCCACGUAUAAAUUUAGGAAGUUUGGUUUUAGCACCAGUGCGUUUCUUUCGUUCUACGUCACAAGCGACGACAAAAAUUCGUCAAAGAAUGCUAUUACUAUUGAUGAAGCGAGCUUGGGUUUAAGUAGGGAGUAUCUCGUCAAAGGUUUGGAAGACAAAAUAGUGAAAGCGUACUAUGAGGUAUUGGUGGACAUCGCCGUAAUAUUCGGCGCGGAUAGGGCGUCAGCUGUUCGAGAAAUAAAGGAAGUGGUAGAAUUUCAAAUAAAAUUGGCAAAUAUCUGCCUUCCUCGAGAAAAACGUAGAAAUGCAACUGCACUCUACAAUAUCAUGACAGUAGAAGAACUGCAGCAUGAUUUCCCCUUUCUGAACUGGAUGGAGUACCUUCAAAACGUCUUUGACGUCCCAGGAAUUGAAAUUCCAUACGAUGAACCCAUUAUUGUAACCGUUCCUAAAUACUUUCCUGAGUUAGAAAAUUUACUUGGCAAAACUCCCAAACGAGUUCUGUCAAAUUACAUGAUGUCGAAAAUUGUACUUCCUUCAACCCACUUCUUGACGGCCCAAUUAAGAGAUCGCAUGACUGAAUACCAUAAAGUGCUUAGCGGGCAGUUAGAAAGGCCGCAAAGAUGGAAGGAAUGUACUGCUUUUGCAUCUGGAAGCGUUUAUUUAAUAUCUUCAGCUUUGUACGUUAAAAAAUACUUCGCGGAAAAGUCUAAGAUGCACGCGGAGGAAAUGGUGUCCGACAUUUUAGUCGAGUUUAAGAAGAUCUUAAAAAGCGUAGAUUGGAUGGAUGAUGUUACGCGGGAGAAUGCUCUGGCUAAAGCAGACUCAAUUACUACUCACAUUGGAUAUCCUGACGAGCUACUCGAUACCAAGAAAAUAGACAAGUUUUAUAUGAUGUUAGACGACUCCUCUGAUAACUAUCUGCUGACAGGAAAAGCGAUAGGACUCUUCUUUCUGGAAUACCGUUUGAAACAGUUAAGAGAGCCUGUCAAUAAGACUCUUUGGAUUGAUCACGCGAGAGCAGCAGUGGUCAACGCAUUUUACUCGGCUAGCGAAAAUAGUAUCCAAUUUCCCGCUGGUAUCUUACAGGGUAUUUUCUUCAGCGAUAGUCGACCGAACUAUUUAAAUUACGGAGGGAUAGGUUAUGUAAUCGGUCACGAAAUUACGCAUGGUUUCGACGAUGAGGGUCGUCAGUACGACAAGGACGGAAAUCUGAAUGGCUGGUGGGGUGCAUCGACGCAAGAGGCGUUUCUGAAGAAGGCCCAGUGCAUUAUUGAUCAAUAUGCUAAUUAUUCCGUGCUAGAUCAAAACUUAAACGGGGUGAAUACACAAGGGGAAAAUAUAGCAGAUUGCGGAGGGGUGAUUGAGGCAUACUUGGCAUACAUGAGUUGGGUCGAGCGUAAUGGUCCCGAGAAGAAACUCCCCGGGUUGCCGUACACUCCUAAUCAGAUGUUUUGGGUGUCGGCAGCACACUCGUGGUGUUCCGUAGAAACAAAGGAAUUCCUUAAAAUGCAGGUAACUACAGGUGUACAUUCACCUGACAGGAUCAGAGUGCUUAUUCCCUUUAAAAACUCUGAAUAUUUUGCUAAAGAUUUUAAUUGUCCCUUGGGAUCCAAUAUGAAUCCUGCUCAUAAAUGUAAGGUAUGGUAAAUAAUACAUUUUUGAUACUAAA